UAGGGUCAUCCCUUUUGGCCAUGUAAGCACUUUUGGCCACUUACAAUAAAAUUGCCAUUUUGAGAUAAAUGAUGAGUUCACAGAAUUAUGAAACGAAUAAUAUUUCAUGUCUUAUAUUAUAAGGAAACGAAAUAUCUAAUUGGAUACAUUGUUGACUCAAUUAAUUCCAAGAAAUUAGAAUAAUGCUCAACAAGGUGAACCAGCCAUAGAAAAAUUGCGCCAUUCUUAAGAAAUUUGUUAAGGGUUAAGAGAAAUAAUUUUAAAUUAUUUUAUAUAAUCGAUGUACUGUAUUUAAUAAUUUUCACUGAAAACCCAUCUUCAAUUAGCUGAAUUACGCAAUGAUGUCAAUUUCGAAGGAUUUUUUACGAGAUUUCCUGGAAAUUAGCAUAUGGCGAAAAGGGUUUAUUUUUAUUUACUGUGUAAAUACUUUUGGCCAUUCGUUUUACUUGUGGCGCGCCUCACGGAUAUCAUUAGAAACACUUGUGACAUUUUCAUUGUUUAUGUUGAUUGUGAUCUUGGUUAAUGCAAUAGAAUUCUAAAAUUUGUGUAUCUAGGGGAUUCAAGGCUUCUCAGUUAUCAAUAAAGGUAAGAUUUUGACUACAAUUAGAAUUCCUACAAACGGGUAAUUUUGUCUGUUACGUUAUUUACUCAGCUUCCGGGAAAUGUGCAAUGUCGCCCAAGAAAAAAGGAACCUCAUAUUCACAAGAAAACCUUCACCAGGCGUUGAUGUCAAUUAAAAAUGGAACCCCAGUGGGAAGAGCAGCUAAGCAAUUCCAUGUUCCCCGCACUACUCUGAGAAAUAAAAUUAGUGGAAAAUCCCCAAUGGAAACUUAUGGCAAGAGAGGUUAUUAUAGCGUUCUGGGACGAGAAAUAGAAGAACAUCUUGUAAAGUGGAUCUCAGACGCAGCCAAUCGUGGGUUUCCCGUCACAAAGGAUGGUUUGCUGAUGAGUGUGCAAGAGCUAAAUAAGGAUCAUUCAGUGACGAAUAAUUUCAAGAUCCGUAUCAAACCAUCAAAAGUUUGGUAUUAUGCCUUUCUCAGAAGGCACCCGGAAAUACGGCGAAAGCAGGCUGAAUAUGUAAAUAAAGCUCGAGGAAGUGUGACUGAAGAGAAGAUCAGGAAAUGGUUUAGGGAUGUGCUUCAACAGCUAGGAGAUGACGUUGCGAUACUCGCUCAUCCUCAGCGCGUAUGGAAUAUGGAUGAGUCUGGGUUUAACCUGGCACCGACGGGAGAGCUUGUGCUUGCACCAGCUGGUCGUCACGUAUACAUAGAAUCAAGAAACUCAGACAAGGAGAAUAUAACAACGUUAUUUUGUGUGAACGCGAGUGGAUGUUUCGGACCGCCGCUCACAUUAUACAAAUAUGCAAGAUUGCCAGCAGUGGCUGCCCUUUCUGCGCCCGCACAUUGGGCGCUCGGGAAAACCGAAAGCGGUUGGAUGACAGCUGCAUCUUUCUAUGAGUACAUAGGAAAUGUAUUCCUGCCAUUCCUAAAUGAACAAAAAAUUCAAAGACCGAUUAUUGUCUUCCUCGACGGGCAUAAGUCGCAUCUCUCUCUGCAAUUGAGUGAGAUGUGCCGAGAUAAUGGCAUCAUCCUGGUUGCUCUUUACCCGAAUGCCACGCACAUACUCCAGCCACUUGACGUGGCUGUGUUUAAGGCAAUAAAGUCCCGCUGGAAAACGUAUAAGCGUCAGUGGCGAAUUGAACACGAUGGGAAUGAGGUGAAUAAGUUUGACUUACCAUCGAUCCUUAAUAAAAUUAUCCAGGAGGAUCAGAUGCCUAAUAACGUAGUUUCGGGUUUUAGAGCCACGGGUAUCUUCCCAUUCAAUGAAAAUGCUGUGGAUUACAGGAAAAUUAUCCAAAGAUCACCACCACCGGCACAACUCCUCGAAAACAUGCAAAAUGAGGCUCAGAAUAUGAACUUGACCCACUUGAUGCAUGUAGAGAGCAAAAUUUAUCCUCAAAAGUUGGAAGAUUUCAGAGCUACCAUGAUAGAAGGAGGUCCAUGGUCAGGAGAUGUAGCUGAUACAUCUUUUUUUUAUUUCUAUAGGGAUAUGGUAUUUGAAACAUAUCACCCAAAUUUGCCCCCUUUCUUAACUGAGAGCUUUGUUUCGUCAGACAUAUUGUUUGAAGAAGUUCUAGAUGAGUCAAUUUUGGAACCGUUGGAACUUAAUGGCAAUACCUCAGAACCACAUUCCCAAGAGAAGGAUCCACUGGCUUUGCCUAUGAUUUGGCCAGGUCCAACGAAAAGCAACCGCAAGGAAAAGAAUGAAACGGAAAGGCUGUUUGUCACUACAUCACAAAAAUGGGUUGAUAUUCAUCAGGAAAAGCAGACAGAAAAGCAGAAAAAGGAGAUGGCUAAAGCUGAGAGAAAGAGGAUCAGAGAAGAAAAACCUAAGACAGUCGCAAUGGCUAGAAAACAAAAAAAAUAAUGUCCCAAUUAGAUGAUGUAAACUUCUUUACAAUCUCAUUUUUUGACUUUGAAAUUUAUUAAUUUGUAUUUCUUAUAUCUCCAAUUAAACAUGAAUUCUAAUUAAACCUUGAAUUUCUAUUUAUAUUUAUGAGGUAAGAAAGAUAAUUUAAAAGAGUUUUGUCACUCUCAAUAUAGGAAAUUUAAUAGAAUGGAAUAUGUAAAAUAACAUUGAAAAUGUACAAAUGAUUGCUAAAUAUUUUUAUUAAAUGUAUGAACAGCAUUUUUUGUUUAUAUUUAAUGUUUUUUUAAAAUUAUUUUACCACAUAUUUAAUAAAAAUUCACUUUAGAGAAAGUGGCCAAAAGUACUGAAAUAAAUGGCCAAAAGUGUUAUACAAGUGGCCAAAAAUACUGAAACAUGCAUAGUUGAGAAAAAUAUGUAUUUUCAAUAAGAUAACCAAAAAUUUCUGGAAAAUUUAUUGAAUAUACAAAGAGACAGUGAGUCAAAGUACCUCUAUGCAAAAUAUCGUUUAAGUUGGACAAAUAUUACUGUAGUUACAAGAGCGUGAAAUCUAAAAGUGGCCAAAGGUAAUUACUCUAC